GCCAGAUUUACGUGCACUUUGAAAGAAGCAUCUCCACCAUUGGCUUUCCGAGCGGCGCUGUCGCUAGGGAGCGGCGGGCAGGGCGAGCCUAGACCCGGGAGCAGCCCGGGCGGGUGUUCCCUUCACUUGGGCCAGAACGACGCCGCGGGCGGGCGCGGACACUAAAGCACACGCGCGCUCCCUGCGGGUUCGAGCCCCGCAGCCCGGGUCCGUCCGAGGGCGCCCCCGGGCGCGUGCUUUAAGCAGAGCCGCGCCUCCCAGGUUGCCGCCCGCCCCCUGAUUCCCGCCGCCGCCGCCCGGAGGAGAAAGGAAGCGGGAGCCUCCGCUCCAGGUCCCCCGGCGCGGGCGCUGCGGAGAGCUGCGGGCUUGGGGAGGAGGAGGAGAACGCGGUGAAUGAGUGCCCGCCUCGCUUCCGAGUUGUGUGAGUUGGCGGCGCCGCGCCCCAGCUUCCGGCUCUCGGCGCCCCACGCGCUCGCUGCUCCCGCGGCUGCAGCCCACGCCCGCGCCCGGAGCCCCAGCUCACCGCUCCGGGGGAGCCGAGGCUCCCGAGCUCCCGGCCCGGCCCCGGUCCAGCGGAAAGCAGGGGUGUCCCCCGGCAGAGGCGCACGGCCGCACUCUCUCCCGCUAUCUCCGUGGCCCUUCGGUCUCUCCAUGGCCUCGCAUCAGCAAUCCCGGAUCCAGGCUUACCUGGAGAAGAACAGGAUCGGUCCGCUGUUUGAGGAAUUAAUGACCAAGUUAAUAACUGAGACACCUGACCAGCCAAUCCCAUUUCUCAUUGACCAUCUUCAGUCAAAACAAGGAAACCGUGGGCAGCUUCAAAGAACCUUAUCUGGAUCUGCAGCUCUCUGGGCAGAAAGUGAAGCAUUAGAACAUAAAGGAACAAGAAGAGAUUUCAGAAACUAUGAUAAACCCUGGCAGUUAAAUGCAAAGAAGCCUAAAAAGUCAAAAAGUGACCUUGCUGUGUCUAAUAUUUAUCCACCAUCUCCAGAAUCAAAAUCAUUGCCAAGGUCAGUAGAUCAUCCUAAGUGGAACUGGCGGACUAAACCAGAAAGCCGUGAUUUUGAUGAAUUGAACCACAUCCUUCAAGAGAGCAAGAAACUGGGAAAAGCCCUUGAGAAUCUCUCUCGAAGUAUUGCAAUUUCAGAUGAGCUCGAUAAGGAAACCAUGGCAUUUAGUUCUUCUCUUCUGAGACCUCGUGUGAUUGGAGAGUGGAUUGGUCGAGAAGAGAAUGAUGCUGACCCACUGGCCGCUGAAAUGCUGCAGCCCCCCAUUCCCAGAAGUAAAAACGAACAAUGGGAAAAUGAAGACAGCAGCGCGAGCCCUGCAGGAAGCUUAAAGGUGGAGCUCAAGACUAAAGGACUAAAACAGCAGCAACAGCAACACAAGAAACUUCUGGCAGCCAUGCUUUCUCAAGAUUCUUUUGAGUCUGUCCAUAGUCCCACCCCAUCUGUAACAGAAGAAGAUAUUGAUAAUGAAGAUGAUGCAAUGGAAUUGCUGGAGGAUCUUGAUGAUUUAAGAAUGGAGGGAGUAACUACCCUGACACCUUCUGGGAGCAAAUUUAACCAAGGUCGAGCUACUUACUCUGCUGAACCUCAGGCCAAAGUCACAUUGAACAUCUGUUCAAGGUGUGCCAGGCUUCAAGGAGACAACCUGGCAGAAAGGACAGAAGAGACUUCGCAAAUACUUCAAUCUCCAGAUGAAAUAGUCCCAGAGUCUUUGGAUUCUUUACCUGGGACUGAAGAAGCACUAAUGGAAGAGGGUGAAGAAUUUGAGAAAGCAUCUAAAUUAACAGGACCUGUCUGUUGAUUACUAACGCACUGAGGAUGGAAAUAUUUGCCCAAACCUAUACAAAUAUUAUAUUUUAAAACUUCUAUGAUUUUUUAAAAUGUAACUUCUAAAUGUCAUAUUUUCCCUGGAAAAAAUGACCUGAGAUGAUAAGUAUGAUAUAAUGAGUGGUAAAACAUUGAUUAUAGUUUUGUAAUUAAUCACUUUCUCUAUAUAAUUUCACUAUUUAUCCAUUAGUAAAAUUAUGAAAUUAUUUCUUGGGGUCAGUUAAAUUCUGCAUUUUAUUAUUAAGAUAGUUGGGGAAGGAAGAAUGAACUAAUAUGUACUCAUGUAUAAUAAGUACAAUUAAUUUCUAAGAAAACAAUGCUCAGGAAGAUGUAUGACAACAUGGUAUUAAAGACUUGAGAUCCCAA